UGUGCCAGACAAGACCUCUGUUCAUGAUGGCAGCAGCUAAACCUUCUGCGUCUGUGGUUCUGCAUUCCUGCUCAAUGUGUCUGGAUGUCCUGAAGGAGCCGGUCAGCCUCACAUGCGGGCACAACUACUGUAUGGGCUGUAUAAGUGAGUACUGGGACCAGUCAGAGACAGAUGGAAUCUACAACUGUCCUCAAUGCAGGGAAAUAUUCAAUGAGAGGCCAGUGAUCAAAAGAAAUGAUAUGAUAAAAGAUAUAAUAGAGAAAGUAAAAGACAAGGGAAUAAUUGUUUCUCCAUCUCAGAGUUACGCAGGAUCUGAUGCUGUGCCCUGCGAUGUGUGCACUGGGAACAAAAUGAGGGCUGUGAAGACCUGCCUGACCUGUGUGGUUUGUUAUUGUGAGAUUCACCUUCAGCCUCACCUCGCGUCUGAAGCUCUGAGGAGACACAAAAUGUUGGAGCCGACUGAAAAUAUCAAAAAUAAACUUUGUAAAACACAUAAGAAAGUCCUGGAAGUCUUCUGUAGGACUGAUGACACCUGCGUCUGCUUAAUGUGUGCAACAACUGAGCACAAAAGUCAUGACAUGGUGACAGCAGAAGAAGAGAGAGCUGAGAGACAGAGCCAGCUAGAGAACAGAAAGGCAGAAAUGAAAAACAAAAUUCAGGAGAAAGAGGAGGAACUGGAGGAGAUGAAGGGCGCCGUGAUGAGGAUUCAGUACUCUGCAGACAGUGAAGUACAGGAAAAUGAGGAGAUCUUCAGGUCUCUCCUCCAGUCCAUUGAAAGGCUGAGAUCAGAGGUUACAGAGGUGAUUAAAGAUUAUGAGAGGAAGGAAGUGAGAAAAGUUGAAGAGGUCAUCAAGCGGUUGGAGAAGGAGAUCAAGGAGCUGAAGAGGAGAGACACGGAGCUGGUCGAGCUUUCACAGACUGAUGACUACAUCUACUUCUUAAAGAAGCUGCCAACUCUCUGUGUCCCACAGGAUGAUAAAGACAAACCAGACAUCAAUGUAAAUGGAGGCCUGCUUCCCGAGACUCUGAAGAAGAACCUGACUGAUUUGAAAAGGAGUCUGAAGGAGAUCAGUGGCUGGAAGUUUGUAAAAAGAUGUGAGACUGGGGUCAGCUCUCCAGGUCACGUCCUACAGAAUCUCAGACUUAGAGAUCGGUUUUUAAAAUACUCCUGUCCACUCACCCUGGACCCCAAUACAGCAAACAGACGGCUUCACUUGUCUGAAGAUAACAUAAAGGUGACAGACAAGAAGACAGGGACCCAGUAUCCCAAUCAUCCGGACAGAUUUGACUAUUGGGAACAAAUUUUGUGCACAGAGGCUUUAAGAUGGACUUCCUCUUACUGGGAGGUUGAGUGGAGUGGCAGUGGAGUGGCGAUUGGGGUGACAUAUAAAGGAAUCAGUAGGAAAGGAAAGAGCGAGGAGUGUCGCCUUGGACACAAUAACAAGUCAUGGUCUUUGACCUGCUCUGAUACCAGUUUGUUUGUGUGGCACAAUAACAAAUCUGCUACAGUCAGUGUGCCCAACAGUCACAGAAUAGGCGUGUAUCUGGACUGUCUCACCGGUUCCUUGUCAUUUUAUAGCAUCUCAGACACUAUGACCCUCCUACACACAUUCAAAAUCUCCUUCACUGAGCCAGUCUAUCCAGGGUUUGGGGUUGGAUGGGACUCCAGUAUAACAAUCUGUCCACUGAACCUGUCUGACUAGUGACCGGUACCCCCUGCAGAUCACUUUAUGUUAUUCUGUCAUACAGGCUACCUUGUUAUUUUGGACUGCAGUAGGAAAGCCUUUGGUCUUUGCUGGAGCUCAUUUCAAUCCUUGUACCUCACCGAACACACACACACACAAAGAGUCACUGGCUGCCCUGCCAUGUCUUUUCUUACAAUGACCCUGGACAGAUGUGGUCAGCUGAGCCUCCAUCUUUCAAUGUGGUCAUCAUCAAGAAAACAGUUUACGUUCAGCAAAAUUUAAACUCAGCCUGAAGCAGAAUACCAUGGCACGUUGAGUCGAAUUCCCAUCACCCAGAAAUUGAUAUCCUAAUUUGUCUUGUAAAUAUCAAAUAACAAGUACAAAUCUGAAAUCAGAGCCGUCUGGUAAAUUCUUUUUGUUUGUUGUAUUUUAAUCCACGCAGUGGCACAGUGGUUAGCACUGCUACUUCACAGCUCCAGGAGCCUGGGUUCAAACUGGUCUGAUUACUGGCUGUGUGACAUUCCCAUCAACUUUCAGGGUCCAUGUAAGUUUUUUUCUCAAUUUCCCACUCCUAUCCCAAAGUCCUCUGUUUUUGAUAAGUCUAAAAAUGGGCAGCUUAUGCGUAGAAUGUACCCUGAUAUGGACUGGCAUCUUGUCCAAGGAUGGUUCCUGUCUUAAGGUCAGAGUGAUAUUUUGCUUCUUAAAAGUAAUGGAUGAACUAAUGACCCCUUUUUUCUUUAUUCUAUUUACUGAUGCUUUCUUAUAUCUGUUUUUAGUCAGCUUGGCUGACAAAAUGAUGAUGCUGACCACCAUUAUGUUAGCAGUUAUGCAGUAUAUAGUGACUUCACCAGGUAGGCAGGCGAACUAAAUCAAAUCAGCUGGCCAUGACGGAGAGUGGCUUCCCACCAAGACCAUGACAGAGAUGAUGUAAUCCACAAAUGACAUGAAGGGUUUAUAGAACUGCAGAAUAAAACAUAAAGGAUUGGAUCAACAAAUCUGCAGAGUAAUAUUUAGAGACUAGAGUUGGUGAGGCAACAUGGCAAACACAAGAGAAUAAUGAAAUAUUUACUAUGAGAGGAUGCCAGUUUAAUUGCCCAACUACAUUCAAAAGUGUAACCACCAUCAGAGCAAACUCUAUCUGCCCUGUCCAAAGCUCCAGGAUGGAUGGAUGGAUGGAUGGAUGGAUGGAUGGAUGGAUAGAUAGAUAGAUAGAUAGAUAGAUAGAUAGAUAGAUAGAUAGAUAGAUAGAUAGAUAGAUAGAUAGAUAGAUAGAUAGAUAGAUAGAUAGAUUGUGACCACCAGGGUUGACAACUCAGAGCAACAAACACCAGGCACAACUCAACCAAACACAAUUUUAGAUAAAAUAAAAGGUGGCUCAAUAAAUAAUAAUUUUUCAGCAAUUUCUUCAAUCAGUCCAGCACAAUCAAUAAUGCAAUUAGUCACCUUCCAUCUCUUUAGUGUGGUUUAUUUUAAAUAUUAUGUGCUUAGAGGGUCUCACUUUUAGUUUAUAGAGUAGCUUAUUACUUAUAACUACAAAGCACAACCAGAAGGAUCCUUUGCUGAUUUUCGCUCCUAUUAUUGAUAAGAUGCAGAUGGGCUGAAGAGUGUAGAGCUACUUAUUAAUUUGAAAAAUUGAAUUUCAUGCUAUUUUUCUUAACAUUUGAUUGGAUUGUUAUCCUUCUAUCAUCAGCUUUCCUUAGGGAUUUAUGACACUAAGAUGAUCACACAUGUUGAUUACCUAUGGAUGUGCAAUCAUGGUUUACUCUUUAAUUAAACAAGCCAUAACAAUUGUGCAGUGAUUUCAUAUUAUUUUGCAUCUUCUUAAGUGUUUAUCGAGAGGAGGUUGAUUAUUGUUUUCAUUGUCAUUAUUAAUAUAUUUUUUUUAAAUUAUCGUUCUGUUUGUUGAUUUUUUUUUUUUUUAAGUAUAAGUGUCAAAGACAUAUGGCGCACCACAAGAUUAACACUUUAAGAAUGCUGUAGUUUGGUAAAAGUCGUAUAAUAAAGAGGGUGAAUACUUA